CGUACAAACUCGAGGUCGGGCUUAAAACUCGACGACUUAUCACCUAUUCUCGAGUUUAUUAGCUCAGUAAAAUCAAGAACUCGAGGUUUUGCUUCCAUUUCGUCGAGUAUUAAGACUUACAUCAAGUUUGUGCUUUGACAGAGAUAAAAAAGUCGAGUUAAGGAUGUAACUCGUCGACUAUUAAGCAUGACAUCGAGUUUAACAUUGCAAACGACGUAUAAACUCGAGUUAAGUUUAAAAAUUCGUCGACUAUAUAGGCUGACCUCGAGUAUGUUUUAACAGUAACACUAACCAAAUGUUAGCCUUGUUUUAGAACUGCAGGUAGUUCAGGGAAAGAAAUUGGAUAUAUUUUUAAAAUAGCUAACGGUAUCUGAUUUGUAAUGGGGACGCCAUCAGACAAAAGUUGGAUGACGUCGUACCGAUUUAGUUCAUGUUAUAUUCAAGGGGUCAAAAAUUUUCUGAAUGUUGCAAAAGACUUUACUGAUUCAAAUGGCAGAGUUCGAUGUCCAUGCAAGAACUGCAUCAAUAUUUAUUUGAAGCCAUUGCAAGAAGUAAAAAUGGAUCUAUAUCAAUAUGGAAUUAGUGAAAACUACACAAACUGGGUGCACCAUGGUGAGACUUCUCAACCUCGUGAUAGUUUAGAUGGCUCUAUUAAUUCGGACAAUGAAUUGGAGGAUAGUGGAAAUGAUGUUUCAGAAAUGUUAGAUGAUAUGUGUAAUGCAACUUUUAUGGACACCGACAUGGAAGACAGACUUCCCAAUCAAGAUAAUAACAUGCUAGAAGGAGAAGUAGCAAAAUUUGCUAAAUUGUGGAAUGAUUCUCAUUGUGAACUAUAUCCUGGAAGUCAAAAAUAUUCAAAGCUCUCUUUUCUUCUUAAGAUGAUUAAUAUCAAAGCACUCACAAAUUCUAGUAAUAAGUCAUUUUUUUCGAAUUUGGAGUUGUUCAAGGAUGCACUCCCGAGAGGAGAAACCCUUCCAAGCUCAAGUUAUGAGAUUAAAAAAUUGAUGUGUGAUUUAGGACUCGGUUACGUAACUAUUGAUGCUUGUGUAAAUGAUUGUGUGCUAUUUUGGAAGGAAAAUGAAAAUCUUGACACGUGUCCAACUUGUAAGGCCCCUAGAUGGAAAUUAGGUUUCGGAAAACGCAAGAAGGUUGCUCAAAAAAUUCUUAGACACUUCCCUUUAGUACCUAGACUUCAGAGGUUAUUUAUGUCUAAAGAUAUUGGUGAAAAUAUGAGGUGGCAUAAGGAGAAACGUGUAGAUGAUGAUACGAUUAGACAUCCAGCUGAUGCUACGGAAUGGAAAGAUUUUGACCAGAAAUAUGCUUGGUUUGGCAAAGAUGCUCGUAACGUGCGACUUGGGCUUGCUAGUGAUGGAUUUAACCCUUUUGGAAAUAUGAGCACGAGUUAUAGCAUGUGGCCGGUGAUUGUGACGCCAUAUAACUUACCACCAUGGAAAUGCAUGAAGGAGAAUUUUUUGAUGUUAUCUUUGCUUAUUCCUGGUAAGGAAUCUCCCGGAAAUAAUAUCGAUGUAUAUUUAAGGCCAUUAAUUGAUGAGUUAAAAGAGUUAUGGGAGACCGGUGUGACAACAUAUGAUGCAUAUAGCGUGAAGCAAUGUUACAUGGGUCAUCGGAGAUAUUUACAUGCCCAACAUUCUUGGAGAAAAAGCAGAAAAUUUGAUGGCAAACCAGAGCACGGGUCAAAGCCUGAAGAGUUGUCAGGAGAUGAAGUUCUAAGGCAAUUAGAUUUGCUUCCAAAAAGCCUUGUUUUUGGGAAGACACCUAACCAAAAAAAGCGUGCACGUGGUCCUGAAGAGCUCAAUUGGACAAAGAGAAACGGAUAUGCUUCCAAUCUUUCUCGAUGUGUAAGUGUUCAAGACUGCAAAGUUAUGGGGAUGAAAAGCCAUGAUUAUCAUAUAUUCUUGCAACGGUUACUUCCAGCAUCAAUUUGUGGGUCUUUGCGUAGUGAGGUUUACACUGCAUUAUCAGAGUUGAGCUCUUUCUUUAAGGAGCUUUGUUCGAAGACUUUAAAAAGAUCUACAGUUAAAAAGUUGCAGAGUGAUAUCAUUUUGAUAAUAUGUAAACUUGAGAUGAUAUAUCCUCCAUCCUUUUUCGUGGUAAUGAUGCAUUUGGCAAUUCAUCUGCCACGUGAAGUAGAAUUAGGAGGCCCUGUUCACUAUAGGUGGAUGUACUUUAUUGAGAGGUUCUUACGUACUUUGAAAAGUUAUGUACGUAACUUAGCUCGACCGGAGGGUUCAAUUGCUGAAGCGUAUAUCACUAAAGAAUGUUUGAACUUUUGUUCACUGUAUUUUCAUGGUGUUGAGACAAUAUAUAAUCGCGUUGAGAGAAAUAAUUUUCCUGUGCAAAUAGGAGUGGAAAAUGGAUUUUCCAUAUUUUCAAACAAUGCAAGACCUUUAGGAGCUACAGAAUAUAAAACGUUAUCCCAUUCUGAUUUUGAAAAAUUGCAGUGGUAUGUGCUUAACAAUUGUGAGGAUGUUGAUGAAUAUCUUAAGAUUCACAUUGAAGAAUUACAAAAGGAAAGUGUUAUAGAUGUGCAAAAAAGACACCAGGCAGGAUUUGCCAGUUGGUUCAAGGAGUGUGUUGGACGCUUACGUGCUACUGGUUUGGUUGCAGCAACAGAUCAUAUAUAUGCGUUGGGAUUAGGUCCUGAUAUACGAAUUGCUAGGUACAGUGGGAUAAUUGUCAAUGGAGUUAGGUUUCACACAGUUGAGCGUGAUAAUUUUCGUCGGACUCAAAAUAAUGGAGUUUCAGUAACGGGAGAGCGUAAGUCGAAAGAAAUCGAGUUUUAUGGUGUGCUAACAGAUAUCAUUGACCUCCAAUAUGUUAAUGGGAAUCAUGUUUUCUUGUUUAAAUGUGAUUGGUGGGAUGUUGGCGAUAAAAAUGGAAUUAAAACAGAUGGCAACUUAGUUUCUGUUAAUGUGAGCCGUAAAUGGUAUACAGGUGAUUCUUUCGUGUUGAGUUCUCAAGUACAGCAGGUUUUUUAUGUCAGCGAUAUGAAAAAUGGAGGUCAUUGGAAAAUUGUGCAAAAAUCAUUUCACAGGAAUAUAUUUGAUGUGCCAGAAAAGGAAAAAGUGUGCAAUGAAGAUUCAAUAUUGAAUGAUGAGCCCUAUCAGCAAUACGAGGCAGAUAAUAGUCAUGAAGUCGAUCAAAAUGGUGGUGAAAAUUUGGAACUCUUGCAUCCUAUAGAUGUAUUAACGGAUGAAGUUGAUGUUGGUCAAAUGUUUCAAGGUCAAAACUCAAACCCGAUUUAUUCUAGCGAUGAGGAGGAUGAUACUAUGAUCAAUUAUGAUGAUGCCGACACUGAUAUUGUAGAAUUUUGGUGUUUUAUGGCAGUAGUUAUGCAGCCCAACAUGAAAUUUGUCGAAAACUGGAUAGCAGAAACUCGAUGUGUUGAUGAAAACUCGUCGAGAUAUUAG